AUGCCCGGUCUCCCAGUUUUGGUGAUGCUUUUCCCCAUCAUUUCUACCGCGGAAUCCCUCGUUCUAUUCAUCUCUCGACAAGCACAACAACAACCCCAACAAUCCUCGCCACCAUGGUGGGCACUAGGCGCACUUUCAGCAUCCAGUAUACUUCUAUACAACGAAUACCGGCUCAUGGUACCAGGCAUCAUAUGGUGUAUCACCAGUCUCCUUACUCUCGGCGGCGUGCGCGCACUACUUAUCAUCGACUCACGGCGCGAAUUUGGAGUCGAGACGAGGGCUCAGCGAACGCACGGAUUCAUCGUCAUGACGCUUAUCUUUGGACUGAUUUUCAGCUCCGCUACAGCGUAUUUAUUCGAGCAGCCUGCGACGUUGCGUGUGCCGUACCCAACGCUGGGGUUGGUGGUUUUCAACGUCGUUUCGCUCGUGGGUACUGUGUUUACGGGCACGUCUUUGAUGGUGUAUUCUCCGAUUUCAUUGGGAGAUGACAGGUUAGAAUCUUCUAAUAAGGUAGGAGCUGGUGCUGGAUACUUGACUUCGUUUGCUUCUAGCGUUCUUGUGUUGGUAGCAGCGUUUCCUUCACAGCCGGCGACGGUUGUUUCGAAGAUCCAGAUCAUGAUAUAUCUGCUUGCCAGCUUUUGCGUCUUAGUAGGUAAUGAAGCCUACGCUUCCGUUUUCAGAUCUACGGAUCUUGGACAGCAAGUUUACCGAAUAUUUCGCAAUACAUCCGUAAGCCGGACACCACGCAAGGUUUUCUCCAUUACUAUCAUCGGGUUUAUAUUUGCUGCACUAGGUCUUGCGUUAUAUGUGCUCGAGUCCAACUCUCUUACCUCAACCUCUUCCCCGGCCUUUCCUUUCUUGCCUUCAGCCUACAACUCCUCGUCGACAUUCGAUAUAGUCGUCAGCGCAUAUCUCGAAGACCCAGAACUGAUCAAAAGCAUGCUCGACUCGCUUAAGGAAACAGCAUACCUCCGACACAUGACCCCGAACGUGAUACUUUACACCAAAGACCCAGCCGCGAAUAUCACGGCACUGAAAGACACCACAGGCGCAGAUAUCGUCAAACUCUUAGACAACGUCGGCCGCGAGGGCGGAACGUAUUUACACCACAUCAUCACGAACUGGGACAACCUCGCUGAAAAGACGAUGUUUAUCCAAGCCCACGCGCAUAACAUGCGGGAGUUGGUUCCUAGGAUUAACGAUUAUCUGGUGCCGGAGACGGGAAUGUUGAGUUUGGGAUUUGCGGGUAUAACUUGUAGCUGCUUAGAUUGUCAAGAUCGCUGGGGUUGGGAGGACGAGGAGAACGUGAUUCCAGCUCUUUAUCAACAGAUCUACAAUAGAAGUUGUGAUUCGAAUAUGCGUGUUUUGUUGUCGUAUAAAGGGCAGUUCGUCGCCAGUGCGAAGCGGAUAAGGGGGAUUAGCAAGGCGAUGUAUGAGGAGUUGUUUCUGGCUGUGACGACAGAUGAGGGAUGGCGCCGUGGCCGAGAUAGUGUGGGGUAUACGCAAUUGCCAGAGAAUCCGGAUUUUGGAUUCACGUUGGAGAGGUUAUGGGGGUUAUUGAUGCAGUGUGCUACUGAUAGUAGAGUUGCUGUUCGAUGUCCUAGUUUACUUAGUGGAAAAGGCUUGGGUGGGGAUGUUAGAGACUGUCAAUGUUUAGAUGCAUAA